UGUUUGACUGUCGGUGAGGAUGAUGAUGAUGAUGGUAGUGUGGAGGAGGAAUCGACCAUGCGACAUCGUUGCAACAAACGGGAUGAAAAUUUAGACUCGUCGCAUUCCGUUGCUCCAGCACCGACCAACGGCGGCACGACUCCUCCAAACUUCGACCUGCGCCAUUCAGACCAGGGCGACUGGAUUUCUCCCCCCUGAGACUCGGGGCAACUUUUCGCAUCAGAAGCCCCCGUGCUGAAAAACAAAUACUCUGCCACAAAAGUUUUUUGAGUAAACGUCGAUGAGUUGAGAUAAAAAGCAGAACCUCAUGCGAAGUUAGCGGAGAUUUUUUUUUACCUAACUUCAGAGCCGAGCUUGUAAUCGGGGCAGGUUCUUUCUAACGAGCCUCUUGUGAGAACAACACCGGAGGAAGGAGUGGGGUGUCACUGCUAACUUGGCUAAAGGCUAGCUAACUAACGUCUAAAGUUACCACUCGACAGGGAAAGUGACUGAAGCAGCACACCGACGACGGCAACCAAGAUGAAAACCCCGGCAGACACGGGGUUUGCCUUCCCGGAGUGGGCUUACAAGCCCGAAUCGAGUCCAGGCUCCAGGCAGAUCCAGCUGUGGCACUUCAUCCUGGAGCUGCUGAGGAAAGAGGAGUACCACGACGUCAUCGCCUGGCAGGGAGACUAUGGAGAGUUUGUCAUCAAGGACCCUGAUGAGGUGGCCCGCUUAUGGGGGGCCAGGAAGUGUAAACCACAGAUGAAUUACGACAAGCUCAGCCGAGCACUAAGAUACUACUACAACAAGAGGAUCCUCCAUAAGACCAAAGGGAAGAGAUUCACUUACAAGUUCAACUUCAACAAACUAGUGCUGGUCAAUUACCCCUUCAUCGACAUGGGCUCUGGUCGAGGAGUCCCUCAAAGUGCCCCUCCAGUGCCGACCGGAGGCACCCACUUCCGUUUCCCCCCCUCCACGCCAUCAGAGGUCCUCUCAUCCAGCGAGGAGCUGCGCAGUCCAGGCAUGUUCAGUAGCGUGGCCCGGCGCAUGGCUCGAGGCUCCGUCAGCGACUGCAGUGAUGGCACCUCUACCAACUCAGAGCUGGAGGAGGCUGUGGGGGCCGAUGAGCGAGGCGUGGGGCCUGACAGGGCCUUCAGGGGUCUGCUUCCUCCCCGCCUGCCUCAUGAUUCCCUCUUCAGGGUCUACGGUGGGGCCCCGAACCCAGCAGGGCUACCCAGACCUGCCCCCAGGGUCCACCCUGAGCCUCUGUCCCCAUUCCCCGUCUCCCCUCUGCCUGGUCCCGGAGGUCUUCUGGCCCCAACUCUAUCCCCAGCCCUGUCCAUGACCCCCACCCCCCACCUGCCCUACACACCCUCCCCCUCCCUGUCCUCUCCAAUGAUGGGCUCCCACUUUUCCUUCAACCCAGAGGAUAUGAAGCACUACCUGCAGGCCCACACCCAGUCUGUGUACAACUACCACCUCAGCCCCCGAGCUUUCCUCCACUACCCCAACAUCGUCAUCCCUCAGCCCCACCGCCCCACCCUGGAGAAACCGGCCACCCAUCACCUCCACGCUCCGCCCCUGCCGCUCUCUCAUUCGCUCAGCCAGCAUGCAGGAGCAGGGGAGGACGGCCAACAGCACCCGUCUCCGUUCAAGUUCAAGCUGCAACCUCCUCCACUCGGGCGCAAGCAGAGGGAAUCAGGAAGCUCAUUGGCCGCUUCUGCUUCCUCCUCUUCCUCCAGCCUGUCCUCCUCAUUCACAGGGUCUGGGCAGACAAGCAACUCUGUCCUGGCUGCUGGGGCUCCAAAGAUCAAGGUGGAGCCAAUAUCAGACAUCGAGUCAGAAGAAGAAGUGGAGGUGACUGACAUCAGUGAGGAAGAUGAGCUGAAUCACAACGACGAGGAUGCUAGAGGUGACAUUUUCACCCCGGCAGCUCGUCAUCACCAUCAUCAUCAUCAGCUCAACAACCAUCACCAGGCUAAUGGGAACGGCAGCAGCCACUCUGCUCCUCUUCCUCCACACAGUAACCAUGACGAUGAUGCUGAAGACGAUGAGGAGGUCUUCAAAACUCCCGCCACUCCUCCCAUUGGCAGUGCCGGCCUGGCCUUUCCUCUGAUCAGCCUGAAGAGCGAGCCGGGUCAGGCAGCUCCCAUCAGCCCCGGAGGCACGCGCUGCAUCCCGCUCAAACUCCGCUUCAAACGCCGCUGGAGCGAAGACCAGAAGAUGGAGGCGGAUGGAGAGAGGGAUGAGGCAGAGGACAAAAAAGUGAGGGCUGAGGGAGAGGAGGAGGUGGAGGGGAAGACAGAGGAGGCAGGGAGGAGAGUAGGGGAGGUGGAGAAUGGGGGAGGAAGAGGAGGUGUUAUUUUGGGGUUGAUGCUGCCACCACCUCCUACCCAGCGUAGAGCGAGCUCAGAGCUGCAGAGGGCCACGGCACAGCUGUCUCUGGAAAACACUGGCUGCUGAGCCACACACACACACACACACACACACACACACACACACACACACACGCACACACACAGGGGAUCCUGCUUAGAUACAAAACACACACCUUUGGGAGUCUUGUUAACAAGUGUAAUAGUUUCAUGUAGACCAUGAUGCCUCGUGGGUUCUUGACCGAGCACAAACAUGGAGACAAAACCGAAAGGUUCUGACAUAAACACAUGUUCAUUUUCUUCAGUGUAAAUUUGAACAUUUACUUUCAUCCUAUGUAGGAAACAGUUUUUUUGUGCAAUAAUUAAAAUUAUAGUCGGGGUUACUUGACGUGUGGUUGUGUGAGGUAGUCAUGCA